AUGCUGGAGAAAACGGUGGCGACCCUGGAAUCAUGCACCAGCCUACAUGCUCUUCCAUCCGCUACCCAUUCCCUCAGAAGUCGGCGCAAGCUGCACACCGGGUUUUGGCAGCAUGGCGCUGCUGCAAUAGACAUCCACAGCUCUGCGCUGUUUACGCAACCAAAUGAACCCGAGCUGUCCGCUUUCAGGUCAUCGUCUACUCCCGCCGAAUCCCUCGCCGCCUCUACUUUCCUUCUCGACUUCCUCUAUCCCAAUGGAGCAGCUGCGCUCAUGCGCAGGCUUGCUCCGGGUUCUAAGGACAACCAGACCUCAUCCAUUCAGAGGUUACCUCGCAGAUCUCGACUUUUUACCUCGUCUGCCGCCAUCGCCCCAGCACAAAUAUUGCACUCGGACACUGCCGAUAUUCUUUCGCGAGCUAGCAAUCCUCAAAUGGUAGUCGACGGCGAACAUGCAAAUGUUUCUCUCCGGCGGGAAAUCGAUCAGCUAGAUAUCGCUGAGGUGGAGGAAGCAGAACGUGACACGAUCACUGACGACCAAAUUGAGACGGAUAGUGUUGAGGGGACUGGUGGCGUCAGCGGAACUCAGACCCACAGCGGUCCUUCGUUCGCUGGUGCUGGGUCACGACCUGAAUUGAUGAAGGAUUUGAUGGCCACUAAAGACACUGAAUACUUCGGGUCAAUAUGGCAACUCUAUUCCCAGCUGGAACCUCAAUUAAAGCCACAAUUUCGUCCCGAAGUCAUUGCGUAUCUAUACCGGUCUGCGAACCUCUUAGAUGCUCGGAGAGUUAUACUUUUGUCCUCCGAGCUCCAAGACGACCAAUGGUCGUCCUCGGUUCUGACAUCGGUGGUGAACGCCCACUUGCGUCUUGGAAACGAGUCUGAGGCACUGAGUCUUUACCUUUCGGGCCUGAGCGAAAGGACGAUUGUGGGCGGACUGGAUGAUCUACUUCACUUUGGCUUCAAGAAUGAGAAUUGGGAAAUCAUCAACCGCGUUUGGGCUUCGUACCACGCAGUUUUCAAGGUCCAUGGCAUCAAGUCCGGAGAGCUGGAACGUUUGGCUGCCUUGCCGCGGCUCGGGGAGCUUACCAUCCAAUUUGCGAAGGAAGCCAGGAGCAAAGAUGAUAAUCAAUCACGAGUACUCAAUGUCCUCUUGAAGAAGGCGGCUAGGCGGGCACUUCAGCAGCCAUGCAAACCGGAGGAGGCCCUGCCUCUGCUCAAGAUUGUUGAUCAAGUGAAGUGGUACAAUAUCUAUCUCUCUGAAGCCAUCGAUCGAGGUCAGCGAGAGUGUCUCCCAGAGAUAUACCGCAUCUAUCGCGCAUUUCCUGGCGUCAAGCCGUACUGGGGCAUCCUACACGGCAUGUUUGAGAUUUUCUACCCUCAUGAUGUGGCAGGUCUCGAGCAGGUAUAUGAAGAUUACCACGUCAGUUAUCAGAAGCUGGAUCAAUGGGGUUUCAAGAAGUUCCUUAAGUUCUAUGCUUCGCGCGGCGAUACCAAGUCUCUUGAGCGCUUAUGGGAUGAUUACGUCCAGGCAUAUAAGCAUCGCAAAGUUCUACAGGAACCGGAAACUUUCAACCAAAUUUUGAAUGCUUACGCGACCAAGGGAGAUGCCCAAGGUGCUCGGCGAGUGUUUGAUCAGAUGACAAGCAGAUUCGGGGUGAACCCCAGUCUCUACAGUUGGAACAUCCUCCUCAAAAGUCACGUGCGCUCAAAAUCCUACGACAGCGCUAUGUCACUUUUUGACGAGCUUUGCAGCGCUGUUGCCCCUGAUUCUUUCUCUUUCGCGACGAUCAUGUCUCUGACAGCGUCAAAUGGUGAUUUGGAUAAGACCUUGGAGCUUCUCCAGAGAGCCGGGAAGAAGAGGGUCAAGAUUGAUGUCCCUAUAAUGCAUGCCGUCGUCCAGGCUUAUUGCGAGAACAGGCUAUACUCAGAGGCUCUAGCAACCUGUGUUAACGCUAAAAAGCAAGGGAUCCCUGGUGUUCACGCCAACCUUUGGAACACUCUACUGCGGUAUCAUUCAGAGCGUCGGGCCUUUGGUGCUGUGUGCCGUGUUGUGACGAUUAUGGGCAAAUACAAGAUAGACUGGACUUCAAAUACUCACGACGUGCUACUCCAAGCGCUGGUGCGCUGCAGACAAACCCAUCAUGCAUACGACCUUCUUCGAAAAGCACGGCGAUAUAAGACUUUUGCACUGGCCCCAGAGCACUUUUCGACUGUCAUGGACGGUGGCCUGCGGACUCGAGAACUAGGCUUAGUUGAUGCCACAGACAGAAUGAGAGAGCGUACGGGAACGCCACGGACAAUAAACGCCACGAUCUUACUAGUUGAUGCCAUGGUUAGACGUCAGCUGUACGGAAGGCGAGCGAUGCGACAGGAUGAUGCGGGCAGAGAGUUGUUGGCGUCGUAUUUACAGGAGAUGAUAGACGCCAUACAAGCGAGUGAGACCAAGGACUCGAAUGGCAGUGCUUAUCACCGGGGCUCAGUACGAAGUGCAGACUCACUUCACCGCCUUCGACUGACGCUGCCAAGAGCAAUUUCACUCUUUGCAAGGUAUCGCGACUUCGAAAUGGUCAAAGAAUUAUAUCGGUUACAGACAGGCCUCGGGCUGCAAGCAGCUGUUCCUCUCACAAAAGGCAUGCCGUUUGAGAUGCUCUGCAUACUGUUGAAGGAGAACGUUCAAGAGAAGAAGUACGAUGCGGCAAAGUCGAACUGGGAGCUUAUUUGGCAAAAUGCACUUCGGAUCGCCUUUCCAGAAAAGUACAAGGGCCAACAGGCACUACCACGGCACAGUUUCAUACUUUCCGGCCCUAUCAAAACGAUGCGGACAAUGUACAUGGACCAGAAGGACCCCGAGGGGUUCAAGACAAUUGUCAACGAGGCACUGGCGGCUGGGUUCAAAUUUGACAGGCGGGCAAUGAACUCAAUAUGUCAUGCCCUAGCUGACAUGGGUUUCUGGAUGGAGGCGGCUGAGCUCUGCGAGAAGUACCUUAUGCCGAACUUCACUGGGUGGCAGAUGACCCGCCGCAAGCGCCAUCUCCGGAAGAACCUUCCAUUGGAGAAGCGCCGGAUCGGCAGUGCACCGCAAUGGCUGCGCCCGACUUCCUACACCCUCGUCGCCCUCGCCAAGGAGUACAUGGAGAUGAAAUCUGCAUCACCUUGGUCAUCUGCAGCCGCAGAGAAAGCUCGCACCGCCAAGGAGCGUUUCCCCCUAGUGGUGGCGGCCAUCGACAGCAUAAAGUACUCAGGUGUCGGCAUUGAGAGCGAGGUCUUUGGCCACCGUUAUGGGAACCUACAGAGCGUGAGACAGGACGAGCAGGAGCCUGAAGGAGAGAAGGAAGAGCAAGAAGAUAGAAAGAGCGAGUGA